AUGAUUUAUCCUUGUAUAUUAUUCACCACAUUACUCGUUGCAGAACUCUUUCAUAUAGUAGCGCAUUUAAAAGUACUUUUUAGUAUCCCGUUACCAGGUGGUCAAUACACAGCUCAACAACUUUGGAAUCGUUAUAUUUAUUUCUGGGUUGAUUUAUUAACUGUGCUGAUCUCAUAUAUUAUGUUGAAUUUGAUGUUUGUGAAAUGGGAAACUUCUAUGACGCCAAUGAUUCAAAAACAGGAUAAAAAUCUGUAUUAUGAUUUCAUGGAAAUUGAUAUUAUAAAAAAAGGAUUUGAAUUAUUCGAUUAUGUACAGUCAACUAUAUGUGAAGAAUGGAGUUGUAUCAGAUUGAACGAAAAUGAAAUGACUUUCUUCUACUUGAUCACAUCCAUUUUAUUUGUUGGUCAUGUCGCACUCCAUUUAUUUUAUAUUUGUGGAUGGUUUACCGGCUACAGUGACAUCUUGAAAUCUUUGCACCAUUAUCGUGAAACAAUGCCGAUGCAAGAGAAUAAUACAACAGAUGAAGAAGUGUACACACGAGAAACGAUUGUAUCUACUGAUCAUAUCACACGAAAUAAUAUUUACGAAUUGUUUAAUAGGACAAGUUCUAACGUGUCAAAUCUAACAUCAAAUGAGGAGGAAAUAACCGGUUUAAAUGAUAAAAAAUUCCAAGAUGAUUAUUAUUUUCAUGAUGAAUUAAAGAAAGUAGAUAAAUUCAAACAUUUUACGCCUUCACUCGGUGAUGAUGCUACAGCUAGUCAAUUGUUGGACUUAUUGAGAGAAAAAACUCAAUCUACAAUUGCUGGUGAUGAUGAUUUCUCUCCCACCCAAUUUACUCAAUUUACUACUGAUGAUCAAGAAUGUUUUAAGGAAUAUGCGACAAGCACUAGCAGUCAAGAUUCGUCUGCUGCCGUUUCUGAAGUUGAGCAGCCACAAAGUUCAAAUGUAUAUUUUGGGGGACGGUACGUUGAAAAAGUAUUAAUUUGGUCAGCGGCUCAGGGAUGGGAAGCAAAGAAGCGUACACCCUGGCAUUGGAUACAUACCAUUGGAACAGUAUUUGAUAUUUUGGUUCAUACGGUAUUCAUUAUGUGGCACGUAAAGGUUUUACAUAGUUUGUGA